AUGGUUGCCACCAGUCUGAAAUUGUUGAGUGAAAUGGAGUCCGCCUCUGUACCAUCUAAUGAACAUGCUUCUACAACUGAGUCUAAUGCUAAUUCUUCAUCUGUGAGAGCGAAAUGUGAUCUUGCAUGGGAUCAUGUAACUAAAGAGUUGAAAGACGGAAAAAGUAGUUAUAGAUGUAUACAUUGUGGGAAAAUUUAUAAGGGAGAGGGCAUUAAUAGGAUGAAAAGACAUCUAGCUGGAAUUAAAGGUGAUGUGGCUGCAUAUGCAGAGGACUCACCAGAAUUUGAAGAUGUCCAAGAAAUUACUCCUAGAGGUAGGGGGUUAGGUAGGGGAAAUAGAAGUGGUCCUAAUAGUUUUCCACCAAGAUCCAAUCUUGACAAGAGAAAGGUUGGUGACAUUGGUAAUUACCUCGCUCCUAGAACAACACUGAGAGCUCAACCUUCUAUUAAAAGUGCGCUUGCUGGCACAGAAAAGAAGAAGAGGGUUGAUAUGGUUGUAGCAAGAUGGAUGUAUGAUGCUUGCAUUCCAAUUAAUGCUAUGAAUUCUAGUUAUUAUCAACCUAUGUUGAAUGCUGUAGCUUCUUAUGGUCUUAGAUAUAGAGGCCCAAAUUAUCAUGCCCUUCGAGUGCCUUUGUUGAGAGAAGUAAAAAGAGAAGUCCAAUUGAUUGUUGAUUCUCAUCGUUCAUAUUGGGCUAACAUUGGUUGUACAAUAACGGCUAAUGGGUGGACUGAUACUAGGCAUAGAACAUUUAUUGAUUUCCUUGUCUAUUGUCCUAAAGGAAUUAUUUUUAUACGUUCUGUUGAUGCUUCUGACUUGGUUAAGGAUGUUAUUAAUUUGAGUAACUUGUUUGAUGAAAUUUUUAAUUGGGUUGGUCCUGCAAAUAUAGUACAUUUGGUCACUAACAACGCUGCAAAUUAUGUAGCUGCUAGAAGAAUUUUGUGUGGAAAAUAUAGAAAUAUUAGUUGGUCACCUUGUGUAGCACAUUGCCUAAACCUAAUUUUUAAGGAGAUUGGGAAGAUGGAUCAUGUAGAUAAACUUGCAAAGCGUGCAUCCAAGAUCACAGUGUUCAUCAAUAACUAUGUGGCUUUGCAAGCUUGGUUGAGGACUAAAAAAAAUUGGACGGAAAUUGUGCGUCUAGGGCCAACUAGGUUUGCUAUUAUUUUCAUUGCCUUAGGGAGCCUUAAGGAACAUAAGCAUGACUUACAAGUAUUGGUGACUAGCAAAUUUUAUGUUGAAUCAAGAUAUGCAAAAGAUAAGAAAGCAAAGGCAGUGGUGAAAAUCAUUCUUGACAAUCAAUUUUGGAAUGAUUGUCAUGUAAUUGUGCAUAUUAUGCCACCAUUGAUUCAUUUAUUACACAUUGUUGAUUCUAAUGAAAAACCAGCUAUGGGAUAUGUAUAUGAUGGCAUUUGGUCAAAUGAAGUUGGCAAAGGAAUUAAAGCUAUUUUGAGAGCGUGA